CGGGUAAAAGCCACACACUGCCUGUCUCUCACUCGCCACUCCACUCGCAGGAACAGACUAAGCACCACUCAAAAAGCGUGAUUUUCAGAGAGAGAGAGAGAGAGAAUCAAUGGGUACGGAGAUGGUCGGAAGCCACACGAGAAGAAAAUGGAUAGGUAUACUUGUGCUUCUCCUUGCUGGUUCGGCUUCUGCUGCAGCUCCAAUACAAGAUGGUUUGGUAGUAAAUGGUGAUUUUGAGACGGCUCCAGCGAAUGGUUUCCCGAGCGAGGCGAUGUCGGAUGGGCCCGCGGAGAUUCCAGGGUGGCAGAAAAACGGCACCGUGGAGUUGGUAUCGUCGGGGCAAAGACAGGGCGCGAUGAUACUCAUCGUCCCUGGUGGUAGUCACGCCGUUAGAUUGAGCAACGACGCGGAAGUCAGUCAGGAACUGGCGGUAGAGAAAGGGUCGAUAUAUGCUGUAACGUUCAGUGCGGCUCGCACGUGCGCAGACGACAGGGAGUCGCUGAACGUGUCGGUACCGCCUUCGAGUGCAUCGCAGACGAUAGACCUGCAAACAUUGCAUAACGUGCAGGGAUGGGACCCAUAUGCGUUGGCCUUUGAGGCAGAAGAGGAUAGCGUGAGGUUGGUUUUUAGGAAUCCGGGCAUGGAAGAGGACCCCGCCUGUGGGCCAAUCAUCGAUGACAUUGCUGUCAAGAAGCUUUUCACCCCUGAUAGGCCCAAAGGCAAUGCAGUGGUGAAUGGGGAUCUCGAAGAAGGUCCAUGGUUAUACAAAAAUGUUUCUCUUGGUGUCUUGCUGCCAAUGAACCUAGACGAAGAAAUCUCACCAUUGCCAGGUUGGAAUGUGGAAUCAAACAGGGCAGUUCGUUUCAUAGAUUCCAACCAUUUCGCAGUUCCACAGGGCAAGCGAGCCAUUGAGUUGCUCUCUGGAAAAGAAGGCAUCAUUUCUCAGAUGGUUGAGACCACGCCUGACAGAGAAUACAGCUUGUCCUUCUCUCUAGGAGAAGCUGGAGACAAAUGCAAGCAGCCAUUGGCUGUUAUGGCUUUUGCUGGUGACCAAGCUCAGAACUUUCAUUACAUGGCCGAUGCCAAUUCCACUUUCCAAACUGCUGCCCUCAACUUCACGGCCAAAGCUGAGAGGUCAAGAAUUGCAUUCUAUAGUGUGUAUUACAACACCAGGAGCGACGACUUGAGCUCACUGUGCGGCCCAGUCGUGGAUGAUAUCCGGGUCUGGUUUUCAGGGUCUUGCGGAAAUGAUUUUGCAAGACUAAGUUCAGCGUUAGGGUUUUUAGUUUUCGCACUACUCUUUGUUUAAGGCUAUAGUAUAUUUUGGGAAGGAGUCAAGUGGAUAUGUUGUGUUGGGUUAUAUUUAUAUUAUUUACCUUAUGGCUUGAUAGGGUAUGCAAUGUAGGGUUUUUGGUAAAACCAAAAUCUCCACUCCUCUUGUAUGUUUGCUUCUUUCCUGAGUUUUUGCUGUAAGAAAUGAGAGUGUUAUAUCUCACUUUUGUUUAUGAA